UCUCUCUCUCUCUCUCUAUUAAAUAAUCUCUCCUGCGUCUUCUCUCCCUCUCCUACUUCACACUUGAGAGAGAGAGAGAGAGAGAGAGAGAGAAUAUGUUAUUGGGAAAGCGUCCUGGCCCUCCGAUCAGGAGAACGACCAGCAUGGUCGGGAUCACAGUCGAUCCGACGGCCACGAUGGAAGCCUCUCAGCCGUCCGAUUACCCGGAGACGAUCAUGGCCGUUCAUCAGAAUCCGACGACGGCGAUGAACCCUAGAAGCAGCCGCAUAGCGCCGCGAAAGUACCAGAAGAGAAAUCCUCCGGCUGCGGAAAAUGCUAGUGAUAAUUUCCUCAGGACUUGUAGCCUCUGCAACCGCCACCUCCGCCACAAUCGUGACAUUUAUAUGUACAGGGGGGACAAAGCAUUUUGCAGCUUAGAGUGCAGAGAGAAGCAAAUGAUGCUGGAUGAGAGAAAAGCGAAGAACGGCGUCGUAUCAUCCAAAAAUGUCCUCCAUAUUUAGUUUUCAUAUAUGUGUAUGUAAUUAUGUAUGCUUGUUUAAUCAAAUCCAUAAUGGAGGAAAUUUAUCUAUUUUUCGCUUUU